AGAGCGUCUGGAGCUGCUGUUCGUCCAGGCCUGGCGAACCAACAUGGAGGGAGAGCUUCUGGCGUUUUUAUUCGGUACGGUGCGGCCCGGUCAUCAGGAUCUCAUCACGAAAGAGCUCACGAUCCCGGUAGCACAGCUGGCGGACGAUCUCCCUCUCGACAUCAUCUCGCAAGACGACGAGCAUCCAGUUCCCCACGUACUUUCUCGCACAUUGACACCUUAUCUUCAGUGGUCGGCCUGCGUAGAAGGAGCCGCAGAGCGCAUCCCGUCGUCGCAGCAACAAUACCUGGAUCCCCGGACGGCUCGCGAUCCUGCCUUCUUCAGGCAUCCUACGACAGAGAAACUUGCGGCCAUCAGAGAAGAAGAGGAGGAGGAAGAGAGUACCGAGAGUGACGAAGACGACGACGGAUUGGAAGAAGGUGGGAGCAGCGACGAAGAACUCGGCGAAGAAGAUGAGACCCCCGAAGAAGGAAGCUAUAGCGAGCAUAGCGAAGGGGAACAAAGCGAAGAAGAAGAAGAAAGUGAGGAAGGAGAAGAGGAGCACGACGAAGAGCCUGCUGGAUCGGAGUGGGAAGCCGUGCCAGAAGAAGCGUUGCGUACGGGUACGGAGGCUGAGGAUCUAGAGGCGGCCCGCAAAACAAAAGAGAUCGCGGUCGGGAAGGAGUUAGAGCUCGCAAGCGCGGCAAGUCUGCAGAUUCACGACGAUCCGAACAGAGAUCCAGAGCCGCCCCGACCUGAAGAUGGCGACCUCGUGGCCACGACUCCGGCCCCAUCAGCGCGGAGACAGAGCCGAUCCCCCUCCUCCUCAACCCGUCCCCCAGUUGGCCAACGUACCGAUACAGGCGAUCGGUCUUCGUCCUCGAUCACUCUCUCGUCGUCCCCUUGACUACCUCACCCUCCGCCAGCUCACCACCCCCAUCACGUUCCCCUCCAAUCCGUUUCCUCGCGACACCUUCCGC